AUGGCCACGCUGUUCGAAGCCAUAGCUCAGCCACCACCACUAACACUGCCACCACCGUCCCAGGGGUCCAAGACCUCUAUCCUCUCCUUCCCAAAACCAAAACUUACACAAGAACAACACAAAUCUCAUUCUCUCCACACCCACCAUUAUAUUCUUGAUGGCCCUGUAAAUUCGAGCACUUACGCUUCAAUCCUUGAGUCCUGUAAAUGCCUCUAUGUAGGUAAACAAGUCCAUGCUCACGCCGUAAAAAAUGGAUUUCACGGGCAUGAGUUUGUUGACACCAAGUUACUUCAAAUGUAUGGGAAACGUGGAUGUUUUAGUGACGCAGCUCUGUUGUUUGAUAAAAUGCCUGUGAAAAACUUAUAUUCCUGGACGGCCAUCAUUAGUGUAUAUGUUGAUAAUGGUUUUUUGGAGGAAGCGUUUUCAUUCUUUCAAGAAUUGCAGUUUGAGGAUGUUGAGUUGGAGUUCUUCGUGUUUCCGAUAGUGGUGAAGGUUUGUCGUGGUUUUGGUGGGGUUGAUUUGGGAAGGCAGUUUCAUGGGAUUGUGAUAAAGAAUGGGUUUAUGUCGAAUAUUUAUGUGGGGAAUGCUUUGAUAGACAUGUAUGGUAAAUGUGGAAGCUUGGAUAAUGCUAAGAAGGUUCUGAAUACAAUGCCUGAGAGAGAUUGUGUUUCUUGGAAUUCCAUAGCUACAGCGUGUGCUGCCAAUGGUAUGGUUUAUGAGGCAUUAGACUUUCUGAAGAAAAUGUCGUUGGAGGAUAAAUUAACACCCAAUCUUGUUUCGUGGAGUGCUGUAAUUGGUGGUUUUUCCCAAAACGGGUAUGAUGAAGAAGCAUUUGAGAUGCUAUAUAGAAUGCAAGCUACAGGGUUUGAACCAAAUGCACGAACGCUAGCAAGCGUUCUUCCUGCUUGUGCUAGAUUGGAAAAGCUAAGCCUAGGAAAAGAAAUCCAUGGUUAUAUAGUUAGACAUGGAUUUAUGUCUAACCCUUUUGUUGUGAAUGGGUUGGUUGAUAUUUAUAGAAGGUGUGCUGAUAUGGUUAGUGCUACCAAGAUCUUCUCAAAAUUUUCAGUAAAAAAUGGAGUAUCUUAUAAUACCAUGAUCGUCGGAAAUUGUGAGAAUAGGGAAAUUUCCAAGGCAAAGGAGCUAUUUGAUCAGAUGGAACUGGUGGGAAUGAAGAAGGAUAUAAUUUCGUGGAACUCAAUGAUUUCGGGGUAUGUGGAUAACUACAUGUUCGAUGAAGCCUUGAGCAUGUUUCGAGAUUUAGUAAUGGAAAAAGGGGUUGAACCCGAUUCUUAUACUCUAGGGAGUGCCCUUGCUGCUUGUGCUGAUAUGGAGUUCUUAAGACGAGGAAAGGAGAUACAUGCCCAGGCGAUUGUUAGAUGUCUGCAAUCCAAUACAUUUGUGGGUGGAGCAUUGGUAGAGUUAUACUGUAAAUGCCAGGAACUGAAGGCUGCUCAGAUGGCUUUCGAUGAAGUAAAUCAAAGGGAUAUGGCAACAUGGAACGCGUUGAUCUCUGGCUAUGCCCGCUGCAAUGAGAUUGAAAAUGCUCAGAGUAUUCUCCAGGAAAUGAAAGAAGAUGGAUUUGAACCGAAUGUAUACACAUGGAAUGGAAUUAUUGUGGGUCAUGUGGAAAAUGACCACCAUGAGACAGCUCUGCAAUUGUUUUCUGAGAUGCAGACCUCAAAUUUGAGGCCUGAUAUCUACACAGUUGGAAUAGUUUUACCUGCCUGCUCAAGGUUGGCGACAAUUGAGCGAGGGAAGCAGCUUCAUGCACAUUCAAUCAGACGUGGGUAUGAAUCAGAUGCCUAUAUUGGAGCAGCACUUGUGGACAUGUAUGCAAAAUGCGGGAGUAUAAAGCACGCUCGCCUGGCUUAUGAUAGGAUCACAAGCCUUAGUUUGGUGACCCAAAAUGCAAUGCUUACUGCUUAUGCCAUGCAUGGACAUGGUUAUGAAGGAAUCACAUUCUUUCGUGAAAUGCUGAUUAAUGGUUUUCGACCAGACAACGUGACUUUCCUGUCAGUUCUUUCUUCGUGUGUUCAUGCAGGAGUGGUUGACACAGGACAACAGUUCUUCAAUUUGAUGGGGUACUAUGACGUGAACCCUACAUUGAAACACUACACAUGUAUGGUUGACCUCCUAAGCCGUGCAGGCCAGCUAAAUGAAGCAUACAAUGUUGUUCAAAAUAUGCCUGUGGAGCCUGAUUCAGUGAUUUGGGGUGCCUUGCUUGGAGGCUGUGUUAUCCACGGUGACGUUGAUUUAGGAGAAAUAGCAGCAAACAUGCUCAUAGAAUUGGAAUCAGAUAACACAGGAAAUUAUGUCAUGAUGGCAAAUCUAUAUGCUUCAGCAGGCAGGUGGUGCGAUCUAGCUAGAACAAGACAGAUGAUUAAGGAUAAACAGAUGCACAAAAAUCCCGGAUGCAGUUGGAUUGAAGACACGGAUGAGAUUCAUAUCUUUGUAGCAUGUGACAGAUCUCACAAGCGAGCACAAGAGAUAUAUGACAUUUUGGAUAACUUAACAAUUCAUAUGAGACUGGAACAAGAUUAG